UAUUGUGUGUGCAUUUGGAAGUAAUCAAAUCAUUUGAGUUAAAAUCUUUCAUCACAGAGGAUACACAUUUUAAAUUUUGUCAUAUCGUUUAAACAAAGCAGAAAUAAAGAUGUGUUUUGAAAUAACAAAGAUGAUUGUUCUGUACUUCAUUUCAGUUUUACUUGGACUCUGCCUCUGUGUUAAACUUAAGUUGUUUCAAACUGAUCAUCGAGUUACCGCUGUAUCAGAAACUUAUGACAAUCUUUCGUUACUGGAAUGCUCGGUUCUCUUUCAAAAUGAUAAAAAAAGAUUUUCUUUCAAUUACAAUAAAGAAACGCAGAUUUGUGAAAUGAGUAACAACUUUCCUGAGGGUCUGACAAUUAUUUCUACAGGCUGGAACGUGUACUCACUAGAAAGUAACUACUAUUUUGGAUCAGCUUAUGUUACGCAGUCGGAAGCUGUGGCGAUCUGUGAUGGUAUGUCUGCGAGACUUGUAAUUAUUGACAGUCAAGAAGAGCUCGAAUUUCUUGAAACUCAAGUACUAGGCUUUGACCACUGGAUCGGCAUGACUUGUACCUCUGGUACAAAUUGCAAAUGGGUUGAUGGCAGAAGUGCCGAUUCUGGUUUCACGCAAUGGGCGCCUAACGAGCCAUCCGGUAUGGAUUGUGUAUGGAUUGGUUACCAAGGAAACAACUUUGAUGAUUUGUAUUGUGACGUUCCGCAUAAAGUACUUUGCGAGUACCUUUAAAAUAUUUUUUCCCUACAAACUUAAAAUGUGACCAUUUACAGAUUUAUAUUGCAUUUUUGUAGAAUGAAAUUUUAUAUGUGAUGAUGAAUUUAAUUGUAGGAAAUUAUAGUGUGAUAGUAGGGCAUUUUCAAAAGAAGUAAACCAAGUUUUUAACUUUGAAAUUAAUUUUAUUAUGUUUCUUUAACGGCUUAUCAUUUACAAUUCAAAGUGUCGAUUAGCUUCGUAAUCGUCCUCGAAGGCAUGAAAGAACAGUAAAGAAAAAGAUAUAUCUGUUUGAAUUUACAUUGGGAAUAAUUAGCAAGAUUUUGAUUCAGUACUUGAUGAUAACUUGUUUUUAUAUAACACAAAAGUAUGUAUGGUUUGGAUUUAUGUUAUCAUCAGAACAAGUUUGUAUUGUUGUAUUGCUUUCUGUCAUCAGAAUUUAUUUUUAUCUAUGUUGUAUUGCUUCAUGCCAUUAGAACUAUUUUUAUGUAUGUUGUAUUGCUCUAUGUCAUUAGAACUAUAUUUUAUUUAUGUUGUUCUAUUGCUUUAUGUCGCUAUAACUAGAUUUAUGUUUUAUUGCUUUAUGGCUUGCGAACUAGGUUUUAUUUAUUAUGCAUAUUGUUUUCUUCAGAACUAGUAUUUUUCUUGUUUUGUUUAUAAUAUAUUGCUUUAUGUAAACACUGGGGUUAAAAAAAAUUGCUCCACGUACUUACUUUGUGUAAGUAUACAUAAUUCCGAAUAUGUGAAAUGCUUUUUUAACUCGGCAAAUGAUAAUAUUUUCAGAUUUGGAGAUGUUUUCGCCUUUGGAUGAUCAACUACGAGGGUUGUCCCAAAAUAUCGUAGACAAAGUCUGUUACUCAAUCAACUAUAAAACAAUAGCGUCGUCAAGCUAGGGAAAAGUCAAUACACCUUUUAUGUGUGUCUAUGCGAAAUAAAAUCAAAAUACCUCAAAAAAUGACCAAGUAAUUAAAAUUUAAAGAAUGCUACCUAUACAAACCCGGCGCACGCCGUCAUAAACGUCAUGACGUUACAAGAUUAAAAAAAAUGUUUUUCAAAGUAUUCUCCGUGUUUCUCGAUCCACUGUCGGUGUCGGGCGACCCAUUUAUCAUAACCAUUUUCAAAAUAGUCCUACUUUAAUGUUCUCAACACUCGUCGAGUUUCCUUGCAUAGUACCCUGAAAUUUUCGAACCUCAGGGUGACCUCGUAAUUGUGAUUUCACAUAAGGCAACACUGCAAAGUCUAGGGGCGUAUGGAAGUCUCUAAAAACCUAUCACAUCAAGUUCAAGCUGUGUCUCCUGAGAUCUAUGGCAAAGUGCAUUAUCUUGAUAAAAUAUAAUGUUCUCCAUGUUGUCAGUUAAUGCUAGACGCUUCUUGAACUGAACACAGUAUUCAAUGACAUCGCGCUGCGCCGCAUUUUCAUCUGACGUCGCCAUUUUGGGAAUUUUCAAAAUAGCAUUGCUGUUACAUAUUAUGCUACAGAUUUUUUCAAAGUAGCGUUACAUAAACGUCUGUUGGUGAUAUGACGUAAAAAUGAAUGACGUCGUUCCACAGGAAUGUAUUUCCCAUAAUUAUUAUUAUGCUGGACGUUAAAGGCAUGUUUUUAAGAAGCAUGCUCUCAACACUGACUAGUAUUUUAUCGUGCUCCGGGUAUGUUGUACUGUGUAAUAUAAAACCCUGAUAAAAAGCGUUACCUUAUAUAUUGGCUAUUGACUUUAAGAAGGUAAAUUAACAAAUGACCAAGGAAGAUAUCUGGUAAAUUUUAUUAAGUUAUGACGUCAGGUUGAAGAGAAUUAAUGUAGUCUACGACAUUUUGGGACAACCCUCGUACAUGUCGUUUUGUACCCGAACAAAAAAUACGAAAAUACAAAUACGACAAAAUUCUUUUAGCAACAUCGUUUCCUCAAUAUACGCAAAAAUGACCCCAACAAGUUAUGACAAAAAUACUAAGCAUGAAAUCUGUCGUGUUUUGCCUGUUAUUUGUCUUGUCUACAUUAUCGUAUAAUUGCUUUUUUCGAAUUUCUGUCUUUUCGCAUUGUUGCAUUUCUUCUUUUUUGCAUUGUUGCACUGUCGUAUUUCAGCAUUGUUGCAUCAUCGCUUUCACAGCUUCGACUAAAAAUGUAACAAUGAAACAAAAUGAUAAAGAAAUGAGCAAUGAAGCGAUGUGAUCAAGCGGAAACACGACACGGUUUAAAUUUCUCAUAUCUUUGCAUUUCCUCAAAUUUGCAUUUCCGGCGCGUAAAAGCAUUGACACGACAGAUGUAAUGGGAAAAAUCGACACAUUUCAUGUGUCGAGUCGUCGUAUGUCUGUCACUAUCCUUUUGCAAUAUACCUGACGGUUUUGUUUCUCUUUGGAUUGUUUCGUGCAGAAAAAAUAAAACGCAAGGAUACGACAAAGUUAAAAAUUGUAUCAAUGGCCCUUUAUGGUAAUAAAUAAAACAAGUAAUUAUAAAACGUGUAAUGACGAAUAUAAAUAAUUGAUUUCAGAAAUAAAAUAAUGACUAAAACAAAGCCUGUUAAUUGAUUUGGCUUAAAUAAUGAGUUUGUAGUUAAAGCUAUUUUCUCUCCCCAGAUCAGAUCAUUUCGAUCGUCCCGAUCACAUUAUUUCUCCGAUGAAGCCCGACCAAGCUGGAUUAAAUGCAAUUCACGACUCCUACACGACCCCAAGUCGACCAUCUUUAGGACUUCUUCUUGACGACAACCCGACCAACAUCCCGACUUCUUCUCGAUCACCCAGACCUAUACGCGAGUCAUACACGAUCUCAACUAGACUAACUGGACCUCUGCUUGAUCGUUGCCAGAUUUCCAUCUGACCAGAUCGGAAAAUGCUCGAGAAGAAGUCCAGAUGAUCGUGUACAGAUCGGGUAAGAGAUGUAUACCCGAUGUAAACUCGACCAAACUAGAUCGUAACACGAUUUAUUCUCGAUCAACUAUAUCUUCUACUCGAUCAUUAUACGAUUGCUUCUCGACGUUUUAUCUACUCGAUCGCUAUUCGAUUUUUUUGACAUGUCAAAAAAUUUGGGUAGGAAGCCCAAGCCAUUGCGACCAAGGUAGACCGCUCCGACCACCCCCGAUCACGCAUGCAGACCGAGCUAGACCGGUACCCGUUCGCUUGAUCGUGCCUGAUCGAGUUUAUCUGAUCGGCGGUGAGAACACAGCAUAAGUGAGUUAAAAGUCGUAUUGCAUUGUUCCAAGUAUAAAGAAUGUUUUAAGCAAAAACAUUGUUUUUUAUUGUUCUGAUAUUGAAGAAAUUUCAAUUCAAAACGAAAUGCUUGUUUUUAAAAUAUUGCCUUUUGUAUAAAUGUUACCUUGAAAUGUUUUGUGAAUGUUUUUAUUUUUCUUCUUCAAUUCGUGUAUCAACUGUAUACAUACAUCGACUGUUAUUGUGAAAUAUGUAUGAAACAACAGUGAAAAAACAACAGCAAUAAAAUAACAAUAAAAUAUAUGAAAACUAA